CCCGUUCAUCCCAUGGAUUCCACGGCUAUUACUUCAGUGUGACUCAGUGCUGUGAAAGUCAUUCCACGAUGCAGGGUCAAGGUCUGAGGCCAAGGGAGUCCCAGUCGGCCAGUUCAGAAAGGUCACAGUCGGGUACCUUACGAGUUGAGUCCAACAGGCACCCGGUGAAUAGUCACAUCCCAGAGGCAAAGGUUGCAUUCCUUGAGCAAAAGUCACGUCUCAUGUUGAAAAGUCGUAUCCCACAGGCAAAGGACGCUUCUCCAGGCAAAAGUCGUGUCCCGGGGGCAAGAGUUGCAUCCCACAGUUGAAAGUCAUUUUCCACAGAUGGAAAGUUGUGACUCACAGUCCCAAGCAGCAGCACACGAAAUUCGGGAAAGUACCAGGCCUUGACAUUCUGAAGCAAGCAGGCCAUGGGCAUUGUGUACCAGUACCACGUCAAGCCAAAAGAAGCAGGGGCUCAGUCCAAGUCAAUAUAAGGACUGGCCAGCCACAUUUGGGGGAGAUUGCUCAUUUGUGAGAAGCGUGGAAGUGCUGCUGAAGCACUUGUGCGUUAUCUGCGAGUAGCAUGUGCGCGAGAGCCCUGCUGGGCAGCGCUGCACUGAGAGGGAAGGCGGCCAUAGCCGCAUAAGUUAAUAGUAGGGAUAUAUCUGAGUGGCAGCGGAUGUAUUCAGAGUCAAGAUUCUCAAGUGUAGAGAGAGAGAGAGAGAAAGAGAGAGAGAGAGCAUGCAUGAAGAAGACUAGGAGGGACAGAGAGAGAGAGAAGACAGAGAGAAAGAAAGCGAGAGUGUGCCAGGGAGAGAAGAGAGUCACCUACCUUAGAUGAGGAUGCUGGUAUUGGUUGCUGAAUUCUGCGCUGUUGAGCGAUUGGUGACUGGAUCUCCGAAACUGUUGAAUGUGAUAAUUUGUUGGAAUUUCUAAGGACUUUGCAUCUCUGGACUCCAGUGUGGAUUUCGUGUAAUCUCUCAAUGUGUGUGUGUGCUCAAGGUGUCGAGCAGUGAGGCGCAAUGCAGCUGUUUUUUGUUUUUCUUUCGGCCACAUUUCUCCAGAUUUCUUUGCUCGGUAUAUAGAGAAGAUUUGCAUGGCUCCUGCACAGGGAUGACAUGCAUAAAUUGAGAAAAUGUGUGAUUGAUGAGACCUGCCUUGGUUUGUAAGAGUUGCUGUGGGAUGCAACCACCUGGAGAGAGAGAGAGAGAGAGAGAGAGAGAGAGAGAGAGAGAGAGAGAGAGAGAGAGAGAGAGAGAGAGAGUGAACAGUUCGUGAAACACCCCAGAGAGAGAGAGAGAGCUCCCCUCUUUAUACCUGCAUUGGCAGAUCAAAUGAAGGCCAAAGGACACG